UACAAAAACAGAAUUAAAGAAAGGACAUGUCGUCGUCAAGAGCAAGACAAAAUAAAAAAGCGAGCACUCCGGCGGAAAGCCAAAACGUGAGACGCUCCAUAGCCAUAGCUUCCGCAAGGCAGAGGCAAUUUGAAGUGAUGAGGCCAACGGCCAUGGACUUCUUCAGCGACAUGGACGAUCAGGGCUCCACCAUGGCCAUGGACGUUGACGACGUCGACCCAAUCGAGGCGUUCGGCGAGGGCAUCAGCGAGAGCAAGCUGGCCGACGCCGAUUUCUUCAACUCCUUCCAGGACGAUUUCGACGACACCGACAUCAACUGAACCAGCUAGCCAGAUCGUCUUCUUCUCCUUCGUAGCCAUGCAGUUAUGUGCUCUUUUUCAAAUUCUAGGUGCUUAUGAAUUGAGGGUGAAACCAGUUGGGGUCUUGGUUAUCAUUUUUGCCUUUUGAGGAGUAUCUAGUUGGAAACUUGAGAUGAUGAGUUACGGUGUUGUCUGGGACAGAGAGUUGAAUUACAGCGGUCUGGAGUAUGGUGAUAUUUGAAAUGUGGAUUAAGCGGAUGGUGUUUCUUGCAUUCUAUAAUAUGAGCCGAGGAUGAGCGAUAUUUGAAAUGAAUGACAAGUAUAUUGGAAAGUGGCAGGAGUGGGAGCUGGUUCAAAGAGAAGGGAUUCAACAGCAUCAACUCGAACCGCGUGGCUAAGAAAAGCAGUCAUCCAUAACCGUAACAGGAUCAGAGGCAACCACCAUGGCCAUGACUCAAUUCCAUGGGCAUGUUCGAACCCGAAUUUAUCCGGAACCGGAGGAAGAAGCAGCAGCCAUGGCAAUGGCGAUGUACACAAUGUUCGACCGCCGUGGACCUAGAACGACAGACUGCUCUGAAUCGCACUAUGUCUUUGCGGUGCUAAACUGCGCCUGCUUGAUUGAUGGAGGUUGGAGAAGAAAAAGCAAAAAAAUGUAUUGAAAUCCAAAAUUCCGACCUGCUGGAUUACUA